AUGAACUUGGGUGGGGCCGGAAUAGAGAGAAAGCUUCAAUUGGCGGAAUUGGAAUGUUUGAGAUUAGAAGCUUACGACAACUCUAGGCUUUAUAAGGAAAAAUUGAAAGCCAUCCAUGACAAGAACAUAAGGAGAAGAGAGUUCCGACCCGGUGACCUAGUCCUUCUCUACAAUUCAAGGUUGAGAUUACUACCCGGAAAGCUUAGAUCAAGGUGGGAUGGACCCUACCAAGUGGAGAAAGUAGAACCCUAUGGGGUCUACCACUUGCGCCACCCAACAAGCCCGGACAUCUUCAAGGUAAACGGGCACCGUCUCAAAUGGUAUCAUGGUGAGCAAAGAAAGAACCCCAAGGAAUUUGAAGUGUUCCUCUUGAGGGAUGCAACCCUUGAACAAGCAUUAUGA